UUGCCUUUAGAUCUCACACUUCCCAGACGAGUGGGCUUAUUACGCACCACUUUGGGGCUUUAAGUCUUGCCCUGGCACCACAGCGCUUACUGCAACAUCUUCUCAUCAAUAGAUGCCGCUCUCCUAGUCCCUGCCGCCUUGUCCUGCCACAGGAGCCAGUUGCUCUGUCCCUCUCUGUAGUGUAGCCUCUUCAUAACUCGGGACGCCCCCUUUGGUCUCCAUAGCUUUCAGGGCACAUGGCGGGGGGGAAAUGGGGGAGGAAACAGUCCUCUGGUCCCGUGUGCUUUAGUUGUCCCGCAAGACAAAGAAAUUGCUAACGAAGCUUGUAGGAACUGAAGUUGCCCGGAACUUACUUACGCGAGCGGCCAGGGAAGAUUUUCCUAGGUGGCUUGGUUUCCUGUUGUGCUGAGCGCGGAGUCUGGCGGGGGAGGCUUUCGAAGGGUCAUGCUGGGCGUGGGGUUUCUGUGCCGGUUGGGUUCGCGGCUGCUGUCUCGAGGACGUCGUGGCUCGGUUCUCGUGGCUGCCGAGGCAGGAAUUGGGAAUAGGGGUCUGUGGUGUGUGAUAGCCAGGAAUAUUGGUAACAAUUCCACAUGGUGGGAUGAGCAUCUUUCAGCAGAGAAUGCUGAAUUCCUGAAGAAGAUAACCACAGAAGAAUUCAAAGCUCAAACAGCUAGUAAAUUGUGUCCGCUGAAAGAUGAGCCCUGGCCUUUGCACCAGUGGGAGCCAGGGUCCAGAAGAGUUGGUGUAGUUGCAGUGAAGUUGGGAAUGAUGCCAUCAUGGACCAAGAAUGGUGAAAGACUUUAUGUCACGUUACUUCAGGUUCGAGACUGCCAUGUUUUAAAGUGCAUCCCAAAAGAAGAAAGUGGUGAGAAAAAACCCUGCCUAAUCGUGGGAGGACAAACUGUGUCUCCAUUUCAUAGAGGUCCAUCUCGACUGGAGAUGUACAGAGAAAUUGGCCUUCCGCCAAAACAGAAGAUAACAUCGUUUAGAGUGUCAGAUAAUGCUGUCAUUAAACCAGGUACACCGCUGUAUGCUGCUCAUUUCCGCCCUGGACAAUAUGUGGACAUCACUGCAAAAACAAUUGGUAAAGGCUUUCAAGGAGUCGUGAAAAGAUGGGGAUUUAAAGGCCAGCCUGCUUCCCACGGCCAGACCAAAACACACAGGCGACCUGGAGCAAUUUCCAGUAGUGGGGCUGGAAAAGUCUUCAAGGGAAAGAAAAUGCCAGGACAGAUGGGCAACUGGUACAGGACAGCACGUGGGCUAAAGGUCUUGCGGAUCAAUGUGAAGCACAAUGUCUUGUACGUCAGUGGUAGUGUCCCAGGUCACAAAAAUUGUUUGGUAAAGGUCAAGGAUUCAAAUCUGUAUCCUUACCAAGAGGACUGUAAGAACCUGCCAUUCCCCACAUAUUUUGCUGAUGGAGACGAAGAGCUGUCUGAUGAGCUGUACGAUGAAGAGCUUUUCCAGUUCACCGAGCCCUCCAUUGUGUUCACUUAGCAGCUGACAUCUUGAGGAACAGGCAGCCUUCCCAUCAUAACUGUCAGCCUGAAAGUGCAAAACAGGAAGUCCUUCAGAAAGCACCCUCUGACAGCAACAGCCUGUGCACUCACCUUUGGACAACCUGCUGUUUUGGUCAAACACUUUCCAUACAACAGUUGAUUCUGCAGUUGGUUUAUGUAUUGUAUGAACUGGAAUGCCAAUGAAUGAGGAGAGGCCAAAGAAUGAUGGAGCAAAGGAAGGACAAUUAUGCUAGUUGUCUCCUGUUAAAAUUAACUCCCUUUCCCCAGUACUGUCCAAAAUUAUUGGUUUUGGCAUAUCUGUUGUAGAACCACUUGCCUCAAAAAAAUUUUUUAAAGAAAACAAAGUGGUGUCUUCUAAUAAUAUUAACAAAUAUAUUGUUUUCCUAAAAAAAAUUAAAAUUAAGUUAACU